CCCGCGGGGCUGGGUGCCCUCGGACCAUGGCCACCCGGGCGAAGCGCCGGCGGGUGGCGGGGCCUGCGGGCGGCGGCAACCCGGACCCGGUGGCCGGCUUCCUGAGCUGGUGCCGGCGGGUUGGGUUGGAGCUGAGUCCCAAGGUGGCGGUGAGCCGGCAGGGCACGGUGGCCGGCUACGGCAUGGUGGCCCAGGAGAGCGUGCAGCCCGGGGAGUUGCUGUUCGCGGUGCCGCGGGCCGCGCUCCUGUCGCAGCACACCUGCUCCAUCAGCGGCCUGCUGGAGCGAGAGAGAGGCGCGUUGCAGAGCCAGUCGGGCUGGGUGCCGUUGCUGCUCGCGCUGCUGCACGAGCUGCAGGCGCCGGCCUCGCCCUGGAGCCCCUACUUUGCGCUCUGGCCGGAGCUGGGCCGCUUGGAGCACCCCAUGUUCUGGCCCGAGGAGCAGCGCCGGCAAUUGCUGCAGGGCACAGGCGUACCCGAGGCCGUGGAGAAGGAUUUGGCCAACAUCCGCAGCGAGUACUAUUCCAUCGUGCUGCCCUUCAUGGAAGCCCACCCCGAUCUGUUCAGCCCCAGGGUUCGCUCCCCGGAACUCUACCACCAGCUUGUAGCUCUUGUGAUGGCCUACAGCUUUCAGGAACCACUGGAGGAAGAGGAGGAUGAAAAGGAGCCAAACUCUCCUUUGAUGGUGCCUGCUGCAGACAUACUAAACCACUUAGCCAAUCACAAUGCCAAUCUAGAAUACUCUCCAAAUUGUCUUCGGAUGGUGGCCACUCAGCCCAUUCCUAAAGGCCAUGAGAUUUUCAACACUUAUGGGCAAAUGGCUAAUUGGCAACUAAUUCAUAUGUACGGUUUUGUUGAACCAUAUCCUGACAACACGGAUGACACAGCUGACAUUCAGAUGGUGACAGUUCGUGAAGCAGCAUUACAGGGAACAAAAGUUGAAGCUGAAAGGCUCCUACUGUAUGAACGCUGGGAUUUCUUAUGCAAACUGGAGAUGGUAGGGGAAGAGGGAGCCUUUGUGAUUGGGCGGGAGGAGGUGCUGACUGAAGAGGAACUGACCACCACACUCAAGGUGCUGUGCAUGCCUGCGGAGGAGUUCAGGGAGUUUAAAGACCAGGAUGGAUGGGCAGAUGACAAAAAGGAAGAGGACAGCCUGACAAUCACAAAUAUCCCCAAGCUCAAAGCAUCAUGGAGACAGCUUCUUCGAAAAAGUGUUUUGUUGACCCUGCAAACCUAUGCCACAGACUUAAAAACUGAGCAGGAUUUACUCAGUAAUAAGGAGGUCUAUGCUAAACUCAGCUGGAGGGAACAGCAAGCCUUACAGCAGUCUGAAGUCUGUUCUAGAUGGCACAACUCGCCCUUCAGGGAAGAAACUCUAAGACACCAAUGACAUUCAAGCCCCACUCAUGUAAGAUUUCUACUAUUUAAUCUUGAACCUUUUGGUCCUUUCUGGCCAUAAAAUUUAACAGUCAUUAAAGGUAAGGUAUAUUGUAAGUGGGAAAUAUAUACCUGGUCUCUUUUAAAAAUUAUAUAAAAACACCAUAAGGGUAAAGGAUAUUAAAAAAUGGACGUUUUGUGAUUCAGUUUAACCACAGAAGCCUGCUCCAACAAUUUUCCACUGUUGGAAAGAACAGGUAGAAACACUAUCAUGCCAGAUUAG